UUGACUAUUCCCCAUAAAUUGAACUAUUCUUUUAAAAGUGAAACAAUAAAACAGGAUGAAAGUAUUUCUGAGCUCCUGUAAUGUUGAUGUGAAAUAUCACUGAGUGACUUUCAUGAAACAAUCACAGAGCAUGAUUGUGUUUUCAAUGAUACGUUAUCAGGCGUGCAGUGUUAGUGACUGAGAGCUUGUAGAUGUGGUUAAUAAUUAUUUUCUAGCUGAUAUGUUCAAAUGAACAGAAGGAAGCAGUCGUCGUCCUCAGUGAACCUGCGGUCAUGCUGCUGAACGCUCUGCUCAUCCUGUUGAGCUCUCAGCUCGUCUGGAGCAGAAAGUCAGAGCCCGUCCUCAACGAGGCCGCCGACGCAGGAUUGUUCAGGGGAUCCGACAAGUACGACUUCGCCCUCGAGGUUCCUGCUGCAGGGACGGAGUGUUUCUGGCACUUUGCCCACCAGAGUGGAAGCUUCUACCUGACCUACAUGGUACAGUGGGUAACCGGGAUGGCCAAUGACCACCGGCUGUUUGUGACAGUGAACUCGCCACAGGGCGUUCUCAUGGCUUCAAAGAACCAGCCUGUCGGUCAGAUGAACUUCCAGACUGAGGUGACAGGUUUUUACCAGAUGUGUCUUGGGAACCACAACAACCAGUUUGGAGGCAUCAGGGUCUUUGUGAACUUUGGCGUCAUCUACGGUGGCUCUGAGGAGUCAAAGAGAGAGACGGAGAAAGCAGAGAAGGUCCUCAACAGCACUUUGGCCGGAAUUGAGGAGAGUGUGCAGAAGCUCCAGAAUCAGAUCUUCCACAUAUGGCGUCAUUACAACUUUGCCCGCAUGAGGAAAGGGAAGGAUCACUACCUCCUCCUGUCCAACUUCAACUACGUCACCUGGUGGUCGGCGACCCAAAGCCUCGUCAUCCUCCUGUCGGGAUACUUGCAGCUCCUCAUGCUCAAAAGACUCUUCCACACGGACUCCAGCAGGCCGCGAUGCUGAAUGGAAGAACGUGCACAUGUCCGCUAGCAUCGCCGCUUUAACCUUUUACGUGAUUUCUGCUUUCUCACAUCAGGUUUUUAUUGAUAAGUUUGUGUGUAAAAGAUAAAAGAUCCUGCACACUAUCUGAAGCUAGAGACUAAACCUCUCUUAAAUAAUGGUUUUAAAUAAUGUCUUUUGAUGCCAAUCAUAAAAUAAACUCUUCUCCACAUUUA